UUUAGUUCGCCGCGAGUUAUUGGAGGGAGAGGUUGUGCAAGUGCUACGUCCGCGUACGAAAUUUGCCGUUGUAAUUGGUUGAAAAUGUUCCCGUCCAGAAACAUGCUUGAUUACAUGACAGAACUAAAUAGACUGUUCCCCAGAUCCACGGAAAAUGAUCUACUGUUGCCAAGCAUGUACACGCCAAACUUCAUGCAGUCUCCGUUCAACGUAUCGGCGGCUAACAGGUCAUCCAGUUCCGCCGAUUCCACGUCACCGGAAUCCUUUCCUGACAUUCCACCACAGUUCAGGCCUAGAUGCAGACCUGUCCUUGAACAUCCAAUCGUAGACACCCCUCCGAUUAGACGACAGCGCCCAAUAAUGGGAAGAAAACUCAUGGACACCCCAGAGCAUACAGUCCCAAAUUACUUCCCACCCCUGCAAAUGUCACCUCUUAAAAGUUUCGAGUCCGACAUAGAACUGAAAGCGCUCUGGCAAGACCAUUCCUACCCUCACACUCCACCGAAGCCGACCAGAUUCUCUAUGGAACAGAGUUAUUCGCCAAACACCUACGAGCUCUUCCCUGCUGAAAGCAGAGGCUACGAGUUCCGAACCCCAGUCAAGAAUAUGUCCCUAUCUCAAACGUCUGGGUUCAAUUCGAAUGUGUCUCCAAGAUCGACUGUGAGUGUGUCGCCUAUAUCGCCUAUGCGUCAGCGAUUCACCACUCCACCACCUCCGUUCCGAAGAAGCUUCCAUUCAAAUGUACCUUCACCAUCACAGUCAAGCGAGGAUAGUCGUAUUCAAGCUGGAAAAGUAUGUUCCUUCUGCCGUAAGAAUGGGGAGACACCAAUGGUGUAUAUGACACAUGCCGUGAGGGAGAUGAGAAACAAUAAGCAAGUGGUGACGUGCCCGAUUUUGAGGUCCCAUGUGUGCUCCACAUGUGGCUCUACAGGAGAUGAUGCUCAUACAAUAACCUACUGUCCGAUCCUGCGAAUCAAUAACAAUGGUAGACCACUUCAAUCUACGACCAUCACACUAAAAAACACCAGGGUCAAGAGCAACGGUAGAAAGAGAUAUUAAUUUUUACAAUUACGGUAUAUUUUUUAUAUUUUUACUUAGUUUUAAGGACUGACCAAAUUAUGAAGGAAUGCAGAUUUUUGACUGAAAUUAUUUUUAUAACUUGACCAUUGAAAAUAUUGUG